AUGGAGGAGGCGCUGCUCUCCACCCCCAUCAACCCCAACAACUUCCCCGCCAAACUGUGGCGGUUGGUGAACAGCCCUCGGUACCGCUCGAUUCGCUGGGACGGCCGCGGCGAGGGGCUUCCGCACUUCCGCCGCGACCAGCCGCAGCUGCUCGUGCACCUCAAGAGGCUCACCAGCGCCAACAAGGCCAAGCUGGCGGCCGGCCUGAAGGUGCCCUGCCGCCCGCCCAACCGCUUCCAGAGGCUCCUCAUCACGUCGGCGUCCGCCUCCGCCUCGGCCUCCGCCUCCGCCUCCGCCUCGGCCUCCUCCUCAGUGCCGGCCUCAGCCUCGGUCUCCACCUCCACCUCCCCGCUGGAGCACCAGGAGCCGCCGCCGCCCGCGGGGCCCCGGCCCGAUCCGCACGGACCCGUGGCUGUAGGACAAUUCCAUCGGUCAUUCCGGCGAGAUAGUCUGUCUCCUUAUUCCUACGUAUCAACUGCAUCCCACAACCACAGUGCCUUCCCUCUGAAAGGUUUAGAUCGGACCCCGAUUCCUCCUAGAACAUGGCAGAACUCCCUUGGAAUGCACCCAGGACAAGUAGAAACAUCUCCGACUUUUUCAGAUAAAGGGGUUCCGUUUCCUGUACUGCAGAGGUUUCCAACUGAAGUUACCUAUACCCUGCAGCCCAGUGCCACAUCUGUACAUGUUCAGCAAGGUCCUCAAACAAUGGUCAACUCCUCCCAAAAAUAUAGUAACUACACACCCUCAGCACAGUACUCCCAAGCCUACUAUCCAACAGCUGUGUUACAGUGCUGCUCUCCUCCUACCCACAUGGACGCUCUCAGUAGUUGUGUCACUCCCACUGCCUCUACGUAUGCACACUGCAACUACUUCCAGAAUCCUCCAAUGCCAUCCUCCUAUCCAGUUGAAUUUCUGCCUUCUAAUUGGCCUUGUGGUACUACUGAUGAAAAUAAAAAGACAGAAGUAAACCUAGAGGCUGUUUUUCGGAUCUUAGAUGAGUUGCAUUCCUCCCCUAAAUUGGAGAUGGUAAAGGUGGAGCCUGUUGAGAAUCAGUGCCCAACAUCUCAGUCUAACAGAGGCCAGCAUAUCCUAGCUAAUUCAAGCAAUAACAAUCCAUCUUCCGCAAGUCAGGCUAGCCAGCUGGAGCCACUUACUCCUGUAGGUUCAGAUAUUACAUCUUUUGUGGUUGGAACAGAACAAGCAAUUACCUGCUCUCUACCACAGUCACCUGAGUACAUGUAUACCAUCCACACAGCUCAGCCUGUUGAAAAUACUACAAUGCAGGAAUCUGCCAUCCAACAAGCUCAUGUCAAACUGAAGGAGCAGCUAAGUCAUAAUCCAUCUCCACCUUCAGUAGUAUUUGUGCAGGAAGGGCUACCAUUCAGCCCACACCAGGUGGAUGCCAGUAUAAAAUGCCAGACCAAUCCACCUGAGAACAUCUUGCCUUCAGAACAGAUGGGAUUCCUUAUUUCAGAGAUGGGGCCUGCUAGCAAGCCAAGUAAAGACACAGAUUUAUCCACUCCAGGCAGAUACAGGGAGCGAAGAAGCAGCUCACAGCAAGGAAAGUCCCCUGAUCUUCAUCUGCUGGUGGACGUGGCCUGCAAGCAAGAGCACUUUCCAAAGGAGGAGGAAUUAAAAGAGUGA